GUUAUAAGUAGGUCUGGAGAUCCCUUGGUUAUCCUGAAGCUGUAUAUUCAGAGCAUUUUUUUCUCUAUUUUGUGCUGAUAGCUUGCCAGGCUUUGGAACGCUCCUCUGGCUGCUUGACUAACUGAAGAUCUCAAGUGCCAAGAUGAUAGUAAUGAAUAGUGUGAAGACAAUUACCCUGGCACACUUAAACAAGCAGCUGAAAUCUAUCUGGAGUCCAUCAGCAUUGCCAGCACGACUCUGCAGUUUGGCCACCUGCACUCGCAAAAACAGGAAUGAUGCACUGCAUCCGCUCUGGCAGAGUCCACUUUCCGUUCCUGGAGGCACACGACAGUCUCCUAUCAAUAUCCAGUGGAGAGAUAGUAUUUAUGACCCCUUUCUGAAGCCCCUGAAAAUCAGCUAUGACCCAACCACGUGUCUGUGCAUCUGGAACAAUGGAUAUUCAUUUCUGGUUGAAUUUGACGAUUCUACUGAUCGAUCAGUAAUCAUCGGAGGUCCCUUGGAAAACCAGUACAGGCUAAAGCAGUUCCACUUCCACUGGGGAGCCAUAAACGAGUGGGGUUCAGAGCACACAGUUGACAGUAAAGUUUACCCAGCAGAGCUGCAUUUAGUACACUGGAAUGCUGUUGUGUACCCAACUUUUGAAGAAGCUGUAAUGGAAGGUAACGGCUUGGCUGUUAUUGGAGUAUUUUUAAAGCUAGGAGAACAUCAUGAAGGACUGCAGACGUUGGUAGAUGCCUUGCCAGCAGUUAAACACAAGGACACGGUUAUUGAGUUUGAUGUCUUUGACCCCUCCUGUUUGAUACCUUCGUGCCCUGACUAUUGGACCUACGCGGGCUCUUUGACUACUCCCCCACUUACAGAAUCAGUCACUUGGAUUAUUAAGAAGAGGCCAAUAGAGGUUGAUGAAAAUCAGCUGGAGGCAUUUCGGAUGCUGCUCUUUACUUCAGAUGGUGAAGAAGAAAAGAGAAUGGUAGACAACUUCCGCCCUCUUCAGCCAUUAAUGAAUCGAACCGUCCGUUCAUCCUUCCAAAACAUGCAUCUCUUGAAUAUUGAAGCACAGUCCAAGGACCAUGCUCAGCAGAUCGGGCCAUAGGUGGCCCGUGAAAUGUCAGUCCAGAUUGCAAUACCUGGAUAUAGCUGACGUUUUUUUAUUAUUAUUUUUCCUUGUUUGCAGUGUGUAUAUGCCAUACAAUUUCGCAGCCAGCCAUUUUCAGUUCUACUAAGCGCCAUUGAGAAGGAGCGGAUGUUAACUCUUAACAACUUUACUCACUUCAAAGCAGUGUUUGAUAAAUAUUAGUAUGUGUCAGGAAUUAAGGAAUUAUUUUGAAUGUUAAAGGAAAAAUAGGGGGAGGAGAUCUUAUUCCUGUCUUUUAUCUGAAUUGUUUUGUGUCUUUUCAAACACUCUCUCAGUGACUUGAAUGAAUUAAUAAUCCCAACUGAAAACAAGCAGGAAAUUUGAAGAAAUGAAGAAUGAAUUAAUACUGAUCAGGUGCAUUAUAGAAUUGUUUCAGUGGUUUGGAAGAAGAGCUAUUGUCUCAUCAUUUAGAAAGAGACUUUUUAUCUUCUUUUUUUUUUUUUUUCUUAAAAAGAAAAAAAACCCAAACUUGAUGCUUAAUAUGACAAGAGGAGAACGAAAAUUUUGAUUUAUGGAAUCCAGACCUUUUCCAUUGCAUUCACUGCAUGAUCAAUGUUUGGUAUGGACGGAGCCACAGAAUGUCCACUAUAUCCAUACUACAAACGAGAAGACAUUUUCUAAAACCUAAUAACAAAUUUAGAACCUUUUAAAAAAGAAAAGUAGAAGCUGCCAAAAUUAAUGAUGUACCAGAAGAAAGCAGGAGAAGAGAAUUGCCACUAUCUCAAGACUAUACAAGAGCAACAGAUUUAGCAAAAAUGUCCAGUGGAUCCCAGGAAACUGAUCACAUCAGAGGAAAACAAAAUUAGAUGAGCCCCAGCUGACCCUGCUAAGGAUACCCGCAGAGAGUGUGUGGGGGGGUGGAUUUCUGAAACCUAAUCCAGUGCUAGGAGAGUGUGGAGAAAAUUUUUCAAGUACGUGAAUGCUGCAUUUUUCAGCAACUCUUAGAGCACCAGUGUACUCUUUUCAACGUUUUGCCUAAAGCUGUACUUUUCUUAAAAGAGAGUUACCUAGCUUAAUGACCACUGAGGACCAGACCGUGUUACAGAACGUUAUGGAAAUGAAUUUAAGUGGUGGUGGAAUCUUAUUUGGGGACCAGACAAAAUUGCCCUUUAAGUUGCCAGUUGUAGAGCCUUAUCCUAGAGUUAUGGUCCAGUUGGCACAAGCGUUAUCUACCUCUGAAGCGUACUGCUAGCCACGAUUUUCUCUAGAGCAUGUUUCUCACUGACUUUAUAUGCUUUAUUGUAUUUAACAGUGUGACUGUGCGUUAAAUUCAUGUACAAACUACAUGGUCAGAUUUUUCUAAGGAGGAAAAGGUAUAUCUGUGAACGGAUGACAUGUUCUUGACUGAUUGUAUUUAAGUAGCCUUUUUGGGGGAGGGGUGCUAAUUGGGCUACUUCUGCCAGUAAGCAAAGUGUCUAGUUGCUGGUGUCGUUCAACGCAAGAGAUGCCAGGACACUAGCUUAUGAGUGGUCAGUUCAGAAGUUUGGGACUUUGGGAAGUUUUUGUUUUUUCUUUUCUUAUUUAAGUCCAAGUGUUCAGUUUAAAAGCACUUUACAACAUUUUGGUGUGACGCUGACUAUUUCAAGGCUUUGCAAUGUUUUUGUUUAGCUGCUUGAAGUACCCAGUUCCUGCCUCUGCCUCCUUCACAACUCUACCUCAGGCUGUUGCUGUAUUGCAGCAGUUGUGCCUUUCUGCCUUGGCAAUUUGAAAUGUGUUCACUUACCUUAGGGGGGUUCUAUGCUAAAUAGUAAAUGUAAGAAAAUCUUUCUUCUCUCCCUGUUCUGCUUUACUGUGCAGUAUGCUUAACAUUGCACGUAUCUUGAGCUUCAUUACUUCUCUCAAGCCCAUGUUGCUUAGCUGAACUAUACCGUAUGUGUCUCUGGCAUCACCAACCAGAUAUUCACUAUAUUUCACAUGCACUUUCUGCUGGUAUUUGAACUCCUUGGAUUACACAGAUGUCACUGAGGGCAUAAUCAAGCCUUCCUGGACCUGCAAAGUGUAACUAAGGGCAUCAUGCUGGUGCUAGUCUGCAGAACCACAACAGCGGUGGUUUUGCUGGAGAAUGACAGAUU